AUGGAGGCGAUAGGCGGCUCAAGCGGCGGGUAUGGUUUGGAGAGGAGAAGUUGGGCGGCAGAGGUGGGCUCUGGACGGGCGGGGGAUGGCUUGUUGGGUUCGUCUGAGGUAUCAUCGGCGACGAAGGGGUUAUCCGGCGGUGGAGGGGGAUUUUUUGUUUUGCUUUUUGGUACCUGUGUGCGAUCCAUGUUUUCGCUAGAGCUCCGAAUGAGAGGGCAUUUUGGUCAUUCUAUCGGGUACCUUGGGGACGGAAUAAGUCAAGAGGUACUGAAGAAGGGACCACGCGACGUCGCAUAUUAA